GGUAUAUAGAGGAAGGAAAUCCACAAUCUGCAUCUGUAGAUGAAUUCAACAUCAGAGAAACAUGAGAGUGAAGGUUUUGCUUAUAUUCACGACUCUUGUGGCUCUGGCCAGUACAGUCUCUCUGGAGGACCUGGAAUUCAAGGAAUGGAAAUUAAAGCAUGGUAAGAUCUAUAAAUCUGUAAAGGAAGAGUUUCAGCGUAAGAUGACCUGGUUGGAAAAUCGCAAACUGGUCCUGAAACACAACAUGCUGGCUGACCAGGGCAUAAAGAGCUAUAGGCUUGGGAUGACCUACUUUGCAGACAUGGAUAACAAUGAGUACAGAGAGUCUGUACUAAAGGGCUGCCUGAUAUCCUUAAACACGACCAAGAAACACCGUGCAGAUACAUUUUUCCGACAAGCAGGAGGAGCUGUUCUGCCACGUACUGUGGACUGGAGGAAGAAGGGCUAUGUGACCGAGGUUAAAAAACAGAUGGAUUGUAACUCUUGCUGGGCCUUCAGUGCGACAGGCUCACUGGAGGGACAGACAUUUAAGAAAACAGGUAAACUGGUGUCACUAAGUGAGCAGCAGUUGGUAGACUGCUCUAAGCCUUACGGGAACGAGGGCUGUGAAGGAGGAAGGAUCGGCUGGGCCUUUCAAUACAUUAUGGACAACAAAGGAAUUGAUACAGAAGAAUCAUACCCUUAUGAAGCCCGUGAUCAGAAAUGCAGGUUUGAUCCAGCUGCUGUCGCAGCCACCUGCACUAGAUUUGUAUAUGUAGAAGGAGGUGAGGAUGCUCUACAGGAAGCCGUGGCCACCAUUGGACCCAUUUCGGUUGCCAUAGAUGCAAGUCAUUGUUCUUUCCAACUUUAUGAAUCAGGCAUCUACAAUGAGCUGUUGUGUAGCAGCACUAAUGUGAAUCAUGCUGCCCUGGUCGUUGGUUAUGGCAAAGGCGGCUUUUUCUUCUGGACUACAGAUUACUGGUUGGUCAAAAACAGCUGGGGUACUGCCUGGGGUGAAAACGGCUACAUCAGGAUGUCCAGAAACAAGUGUAACCAGUGUGGCAUUGCCACAGAACCCAUCUACCCUGUGGUUUAAUAGUGUGUACUCUGAAUCAGUGAUGAGAUAGCUAUAAAAAAGAAGAAAAGUCAAAACAGGGCUUUAGUUUUCUGAAUUUUAAAUUGUGCUAAUAAUAUUUAAAAAGAAAAAAACUGCUGACAUGGAACUCAGGAGCUUUGUUGAUUACUGAGUUUGGAAUUUUUAUUUAUUUCUGUGAACAAAUAUUUUACUUUCUGUUCUUUCUUGUCUAGAAAUUUUAAUUUGAUGAAGCCAACUCACCUGAAUUAUUUUUUUAAGAGCAGUCAGAAAUGUAAGAUAGUAAUUUUUACAGUAUUAGUAUAGUCUAAUAUAUAUGGUCAGGUUUGUGGCAUUAACUCAAUAUUUAAAUUAAUAAAUUAUCAGAAAAUGUAGAAUUUGUUUCACAUUUCACAUUCGUUUCUCAAUACCAGGCAAAAAGAAUUGCAACUUCAUGUGACUGCUGUAAGGAAUCACCACUAGAGGGCACUGUUUUGCCCUUUGUAGUUUUUGUUUUGCAGACUCAGUUUCCCAGAAGGCACCUCGGUCAGGUGAUGCGGGAGCACACCCGAACCGAGGUAGGUCGUUAAAUCUUCAAUAAAGAGCUGAUUAGUCUGAGAAACUGGGUCAAGCAUUGAACGUUUGUACGUACUGGCAAGUGGACAUUUUGUCUUAUGUAUUGGUUUUCCUUGUUUAUAUGUUGGUUUAUUUUAUAUUGUUAUUUUGUAGUUCAAGUUAUCCCAUAACUACUAAGCAUGUCCCCAGGCUAAAUGUGUUUGUAUGUGAGUCUUUGGUGUUCAAGUGUGUGUGGAGCUGAUUCGGUGUUGAGUAAUGUUGUGUUUUAGAGAUCAGGUAAGUAGUUAGCCUCUGUGUGUCCCUUAGCCUGGCCUCUGUGUGUCCCUUAGCCUGGCCU